AUGGAGGAGCAGCUGCGCAAAAGAAGAACACAAGCCACAACAGAGCUGCCGCAAGAAAUAAUCCACAACGAGAUACUCCCACGACUGCCACACCAAUCUGUAAUACAAUGCCGAUGUGUCUGUAAAUCCUGGCUCUCUCAAAUUUCAGACCCCGAAUUCGCUAAACUCCACCUUAGUCAUCAUCAAUUCUGUGAUACUUAUCUCGUGAAACGCUAUUUCAAACCGGAACUAGAAAUUGUCUCUCCGAUGAAAAAAACUUUCAUCGACACAGCCCCUUUCCUCGGCAUCAGUCUCUUGAUUGGUUCCCUCAAUGGUUUAAUCUUUUUCGUUCGUGGUGAGGGUUUCACGUUGUGGAACCCUGCUAUCCGUCAAUACAAGGAACUUGACACCGCACAGCUGCAUACUAGUAUAUGUAAACAAGUUGGGGACUCGUGUAAUUGGAGAUCCGUUGAUGGUAAAUGUAGACAUCUGUACGGGUUUGGCUGGGAUCGUAGGAGAGACGAUUAUAAGAUGGUGGUAGUGUGCUAUGUUGAUCCUGAUUCAAAACAAGGUUUUGUCUACUCGGCUAAUUCUGAUUCGUGGACUGAAGUUGUGCUUCCGACAGGUAUAUUUGGAACUAAAUCGAGGUCUUUUGUAAAAUCUCCGUGUCCAAGUGUAGUUGUGAAGGACUGCCCGUACUGGAGUUACUUGAAAUAUUUGCAAUUACCUGGAGAAAGUUCUAAACGUAGAUUAACUGUGGUGUUCAAGUUUGUGGCUGAGAACAAUGAGUUCAGAUUGUUGCCUGAAUUUGACUUGGCGGGGCAGAUGGAACUGAAACUUGUUAAUUUAAGGGAUCGUCUUGUCGGAAUGAACUACAGAUAUACUGGAAGUAUGUUUCGUCCUAAAGUUUUGAAUAUAUAUAUGUUGGACCAUGAGGGAUCUGCUGGUGUGUGGAGUAAGAUUUAUACUAUGGAAGACGUGGAUUGUUUCCUGAACACACGUCUCGGAUUAGGGCCUUUUACUUACACGCCUAGUUUGGUUUUCCUCCAAGGAAUGAAGAAGAUCAUGCAUUCUGAAACUCAUUCCCAAACAAGUAACAAUCCUGGUAACCUCAUUACCAAACCCGAUUCUCAUUCCCAUCUGCAAUUCAAAAGCCCCCUUAAUAUUUGA